AUGGCGGCGUCGUCGGCGGUCGAGAAGCUCAAGGCCCUCUGGGACUCGCAGGUAAGUGCCUGGUCUGGCCUUGAGAUAGAAAUAGAAUUGAAGCUGCUGAAGGCUGCUGGUCUGUUUGCGGGAUCCAUCUUCCUGAUGCGGAACUUUGGUGAUCUGAUGGCCAUUUAA